AGAGAUGAGAUAUUAUGGAUUAGAUAUCGAUACUUCGUUGUGUUAUUCUAUUACUUUGAACAUUAUUGAAAUUCAUGGGCCGGCUGCGGCAGAGUUUAUUUUGGAAAAAUUGUUGGCGACUGGACUACGGAUGGACUAUAGAUCACCAUUCGCGAUUAUAAAAGGUUAUGUACGACGUCAAGAAAUGACUAAUGCUAGUUUACUCUUUAAGAAUAUGCAAUCAUACGGGAUUAAACCGGAUCAAGAUCUUUAUGAAAUGAUAAUUCGUGGAUUUUUGAAUCGAGGUGAUGAACAGCUUGCUCGAAAUUUUUAUUUAGAGUUUGCUAAAAAUACAAACAAUAACAUUCCUGAAGCUCUUUGGCCAAAGGAAAACUCUGAUAUCUCAAUAGUCAAUGAAUUUCUAGAACUAUGCUCGAAAAAGAAACUAAGAUUCGGACUAGAUCUGUAUGAGCACAUGAAAACGCUAGGAUUUAAAGGAGACUCGGUGACACACACUAUCUUAAUUAGUUCAUUCAUUGGUGGGAAUUUUGAUGAAAAAAAUCUCGAGAAACUAAUUUCAAUAUACGACUAUGCAUCCGCCGCAAACAUACAAUUUCCAUUAGCUAUUUAUAAUAAUCUAUUGAAUAUUUUUAUUAAAAAGAACAAUUAUCCGUACACGAAAAAAGUAUUAGAGGAUAUGCACCGUGCGAAUCUCGUGCCUGAUGCUUUUACUUUAAGCAUAUUAUUGAAAGGAUCUGUUGCUUUCUCAGACGUUAAUUUAUUCAAAUCCUUAUAUCAAAAGACAAAGUCGAUUCCCGAGCUCAAUUCAAAUCUGGUAAUUUGUAAUGGAUUUAUCUUUGGAUUCUGUAAAUUCGGUGAAAUGGAAUUAGCGAUACAAGUAUUCGACCGUUUACAAGCUAUGAAAAUCAAGCCGGAUCGGAUAACCUACAAUACUCUAAUACGAGGUUAUAUAAAAGAAAAUGAUAUUGAUGAGGCGCGUCGCUAUUUCUAUAGAAUGAUCGACUCAGGUAUACGACCACCAAUGACUGCCUUUCAUUCGCUGAUCUACGGCUACCUCGAUUCGUCUCAACCUCAGGAGGCGAUAGAGAUAUUUAAUCAAUUUGCCGAAAAUUACGAACAAGUAGAAUUCGAUUUACCCGCCUAUCGAACAAUUUAUCAGGGCGUCAUUGAAGCGAGUCUUAAAAUGUCAACCCCAACUCUCGCACAAAAACUUCUGACAAAAUUGUCAAAACAACAAAAUCCACUGAACUGUUUCUCGUACAUUAUUCUGAAAUGUAUACGACGGAAUAGUUUAGAAUGUGCUUAUUACAUUUUUCAAUUUAUGUUGUCACGACGGAUUGAUGUGAGUCUUUUCGUGGGACAAUCGCUUUUGGAGGCUUUUGGAAAGAAAACAGAUUUUCCGAUAGUUUGGCAGAUAUAUUGCUAUCUACGGCACCGUUAUUUUAAGAGGAAUCGAUGCCGUUUGAAUCUACAAGUAUACAAUACAGUAAUUAAAUGUUCGUCAGUCACGAGACAUCAACAAUUUGCUGAACAGGUAUUCACAAAUUUAUUACAAGCCGGGCUCAAACCCACUAUUGAAACUUUGAACGCCUUAAUAUCCGGCCUCGUGAAACGACGAAAAUAUGAGGAAAUGCAAAAUAUCAUAAAGAAGAUGCUUGAAAAUUAUAGCAUACCUCCGAAUGUCGAUACAUUCAACAUGAUAAUAAAAUCAAUAGUACGCCGCGGUCGGAUGGAAGAAGCUUAUUCAAAAUUAGACAAGAUGAAACAGCUCAAUAUUAAACCUGAUAUAAAGACAUUUCAUAUACUCUUGAGUGGAUUCAUAUGGAAACGUACAUGGAGUGUAGCUGCAUAUGCAUACGAACAAUUAUUAAAGGAAUAUUCGUUCGAGCCAGAUAUGCGGACAGUAAGCAUUUUAUGUGGAAGAUUGAUCACUCAACGAUAUACGUCAUUACCCAAAUUACGCGAACUAUACGAUUGGUUUCAUGAACGUGGGAAGGACGCGUUAAUUAAAGACGAUAGAUUUAAUCCUUGGAGAGAAAAAAACUCGUAUGAUUCGAAUAUCUUGUUAUCUAAAAAGGUGAUAUUACAACAAUACCAAGAAUCAUCCUACGAUCCAAUUGAUCAGGACAUAUUUAGGUUACUUUAUCGAAUAACGCGAAAUUUCCGCGUCAAAAAAAUAUUUUCAUCAAAACUUCGUGAUAUACGGGAUAAAGAAUUGACGAAAAGUGGUAAAAAAGAUCCGCUAAUGGAGAAAAUGCAAUUGACACGAACCACUUACAUGAUGUUUCUAAAAGCAUUCUGGAAGCAUGGUGAUAUGCAAGCAGUAAAACAUGUUUAUGCGGAUAUGAAGAUGCGACUUACCGCAAGCACAAAAAAAACCAAAGAACAAGACAUAAACGUUAAAGACUACUUUGAAACAACACUUUCACUACGUCAGAUUUAUCACCAUGGCUCAAUCAAAUACCCAAAUUUGGUGCGUCGUCUCGACAUCGACGAGAAACACUUGAAUGCACUUACAUUAUCGUCAGGAACACAGUUCACGCAUACAGUUCGCGGUGUAAUGGGGACAACUAUGAAACCGCGUAACGCUAGUAAAAUUAAAGAGUAUCGAAAACGAAAUAGAUAUGACGAAUUUUCACUAGACAUAGAUUAUGGCCGUAAGCCAACGCUUGUGCCCAAAAUGACCGACAAGGAAACGGUGAUUGCUCUUGCUAAGAUGACUUAUAAUGCAUAUAUCCCCAUCGGUAGCGAUGAUUGGUACGAUUUGGGGAAAAAGUAUGAAUUGAGUGAGCCGUUUGGAUGGGAAGAUGAUGGCAUUAGAGGUCACGUGUUUGCUGACAAAGAUAAUAAGACUGUAAUCAUCGCAAUUAAGGGAACAAGCAUGAUAGGGGGUGGCCCAACCGUGCCAAAGGAUAAGAAAAAUGAUAAUCGACUUUUCUCAUGUUGCUGUGCACGAGUUGGACCAACGUGGACUCCAGUAUGUGAUUGUUUUAGGGGGAAUAACCGAUGCGAUCUAAGAUGCGUGGAAAAAAGUGUAGACGAAGAUGACCUCUAUUUUGAUACAGCAACGAGAUUUUGGGAAUUGAUUCAAGACAAUUAUCCAAACUCGGAGGUAUGGCUUACUGGUCAUUCGCUUGGUGGGGCAUUAUCCGGGCUGAUUGGCUGGACUUUUGGAGUUCCCGUUGUUGGAUAUGAAGCACCUGGAGAACGGAUGCCUGCUCGACGCUUACAUUUACCUGGACCGCCAGCUUUGAAAUAUGAAGAUAUGCCAAUUUGGCAUGUUGGACAUACUGCUGAUCCGAUAUUUAUGGGCGCUUGUAAUGGUGUUUCGAGUAGUUGCUGGUUGGGUGGAUACGCGAUGGAAAGUAAAUGCCACACCGGAAAAGUUUGUCUAUAUGAUGUGGUUGAAAGACUAGGCUGGAAAUUGGACAUUCGUACACACCGUGCAAAAGAUGUUAUUGAGAAAGUGCUAACUAUAUGGGAUGGUGUCCCAGAAUGUAAACCGGAAGAGAACUGUGAAGAUUGUUAUUUUCUGGAUACCAGUGAUGCCAAUGGCUAA